AUGGCAGACAGUGUACCACUGGAGCAGAAGUCCACCAUGUUUGAUUCGGAGGAGCCGGGAGCCAUGGUGGAGCAGGGAGAGCCGGCAGCCAUGGCGGGGCAGAGUUCAGUGUUCACUGGAGACUCAGUUACUCUGAGAUGUGAGAUGAUUCAGUCACAGAAUGGAUGGGAGUUUCUCUGGACAAAAGACUCAAACCGUGAAUCUACUGAAGCUGCAACUACAAUAAUCAAACAUGUGAAAGUCUCUGAUGGAGGAGAAUACAAGUGCAGAGCACGAAGAGGAAAAUAUUACACAGAUUACAGUAAACCAGUAAUAGUGGCAAUAUAUGAAAGACCAAAAGCCAAAGUGACCAUUAAACCUGAUCAGCAUGUAUUCAGAGGAGAAACAGUCACUCUGAGAUGUGACAUAUAUGGUGAAGGAGUCACUAGCAGGAGCUACAGCUGGUAUAAAGAAGGUUUAACCAGUGUUUUCAGUUAUCGACAGGAACACACAUUCAGUUCUGUUACUGAGUCUGACGCAGGUAAAUACUCCUGUAAAGGAUCAGAGACAGAAGGAUCACGCUGGUCACAAAUGAGUGAUGCAGUUACACUGACAGUAUCAGAUCCCAGAGCAGUUUUAAGUGUUUCUCCACAGAAGUGGUUGACUGAAGGAGAUCCAGUGACUCUAAUCUGUGAGGUUUAUAGUUUCUCUACAGGCUGGACAUUCAGCUGGUUCACUUUAACUGUCUCAGCAGAGAACAGCCAUCAUUAUAAUCUGCUCUCAGACAGCAGCAGAGGAGCAGGAGGAAACUACACUGUCAGUUCUGCUGCUCUAAAUCACACAGGAGUUUAUUCGUGCAGAGCAGAGAGAGAGAAAUCAGUCUAUAAAACACAGUACAGCAACACACAGCCAUUAUGGGUCACUGGUGUUUCUCCUCCAGUCUCUCUGAUCGUCAGUCCCAGCAGAACUCAACACUUCACAUCUGUCUCUCUCUCUCUGAGCUGUGAGGACCAGAGUAACUCUACUGGAUGGAGAGUGAGAAGAUACACAGACGGUGGACGGCUGGAAGAUUGUUCAUCAUUACAUCAAGGAUCACAAACAGGAUCUACAUGUACAAUCAACUCCACCAACACAUCAGACACUGGAGUGUACUGGUGUGAGUCUGAAUCUGGAGAGAAACAUCAUCCUGUUAAUAUCACUGUACACUUGUUUCAUUCAGAAUCUCAGAUCUGUUUUCUCAACAUACUCAGUUCUGUACUGACAGUUUGUCCAUAUCUGCUAGUGACAGUCGUGCUGAUUUUCAAAUGCUGCACAAUGAGAGUUACAUCUGUUGAAGAAGAAGAAACUUCAGUCUGAUAAUGAUUGAUCUGUAGCGACGGUGAGAAAACUUAAGCUUCAUCCUGAAAUCUCUCAAUAUCUCAUUUACAAGCUCAGAGUAAACAUGGUUAUUGUAAAAGUCAUGUUUUUGGAAUUACUAUAUGUAAAUGCAGGAAUAAAUCACUUUACUGUGUGUGUGUAAUACAGGAUUCACUCCUGAUUCAUGACGACUAAACUUUUGUAUGUACCAGUUAAUAUCAACCAGCUUUCCCAACACACUUGACUUCAACUGAUUCCCUUCUCAUUUGAUUUUAUCCAUCAGGAAUUGAUUGUAAAAUGUAAGUUAACUUUGAUUUCAUAUGACUUUUUACAAGCAACACGAAUGUUAACUUGUUUAAUCAGUUUGGUCUUUGCUAUUUUUGAUUUUAUUGGUAAUAAGAACCGACCUCCUCUCCACUUAGUGUCAUUUAUAGCAUGUAUAUUAUUUAUUUUAGUGUGAGUCUCCUGCUGUAAUAUUUCAUGCUUUUAUAUGUGU